GUCACUACACUGUGUCAAAUAGGAAAUGAACAAAAUAAAGAACACGCACGGGACUCGUCAAGUGCGAUGAGGCGUAACGAUUACGUUCGUCGGUGCAUUCGAAGCCUAGAUGUUGCGGAGUUUAGUAUUGAGUUGAUAUUGUUCGUAGGAACCAAGGGAAUUAUACAUGCUGCCGAUCCUAAGCUGUGUACGUUGCCAUGAAGAUUAGCGACGGAUUUCACGUGAUGUUUUUGCUGACGAUACAUGCCAUAUUUUACGGAGCCUGCAGAACACUAAUAUAUGGUUCAACAGACUUUCCGUGCGAAGAGGAUGAUAACUGUUUGUCAAACCUUCCUGUCAGCAUUUCAACAUCACAGAAAAUAACCUCAACUGAUGUGGGUGACGAUUCAACACCUAAUUCAAAUAUCAAUGAAUCGCUGAACCAAUCUGAUAGAGAGAUAUUUUUCCAUUCGAACUCAACAAUCAGACUAGACUGUCCACGGCUGGGUCCUAACCACGAGCGAUUCAGUGGCAAAUACAGAUGGACAAAAAUUAAACCAAACGUUGAAAUUGUAGUGCUCAGUGAAGGAGCUGAACUACUUCGACGGACUCACCUGCAAUUAACAGAAAACAAAACACAUUAUGUGGUUACCAUUCGAAAUGCAAAAGUCAAAGAUGUGGGAUCAUAUCAAUGUACGAUAGGCGACUCGAUCAUUAUUCAGACUAUACAUGUUUAUAUGAUAAAAGAGCCUGUGAUUACAAGUAUAGAACCAUUAUCUAAACCACACUUGCACUCUAGCAAUCCGAACGUUAGACUGUUUAACCUCAGUACACAAAUGAUAUUGGUCUGUUUUGUGGAGGGAUAUCCCCCGCCGGACGUUACGUGGUCUCGUCCAGGCGGUCAGCCUCUUCCGGUUGAAAGCCAGCUGAUACCCGACAAAGAAUUUUCAACGUUUAUCAUAGCGAAUAUACAAUUAGAGCAUGCCGGGAUAUAUGUGUGUUUUGCAAACGAUUCUUUAGAUCAGGUGGUUAAAAAGGAGAUCGAGGUCAUAGUUCAAUUCAGGCCGUCAGCUACUUCUUCGAAAAGUCUCUUGAGAAAAAGUUUAAACGACGAAUAUGUUACACUAGAGUGCAAGGUGAACGCAAUCCCCAAUGCUACAUUUGAGUGGUUGAAGGACGGCGCUCCUAUAGACAGAUCGCGGGACAAAAAGCAAAUCAGGUUCCCGGUGUAUUGCGAGGAUGACGGCCUCAUGAAGUUCGUUCUGAAAAUCGUAAAGCCAAGAGAUUAUGGAAACUACACGUGCUUAGCUACGAAUCGACUUGGCAAUGACAGUUCCUUUAUUAUAUUAUCAGCAAGACCAGUUGCACCAAUCAUUAUCAGUGAUCCAAUAGGCUUGAUGAUGUAUAAGUACAUACUACAGUGGCAUGUGAACACCACGUUUAGAUUACCGCCAGUCACUAUGUUCAAAAUACAAUAUAAAUUAGAUGCAGAAAUAGUGGAACAGAAUACAAAUAAGUCAGAUAAAGACUCCGAAUGGAAAUAUAUCGAAUACAACGUACCAAGAAAAGAAGAUCCGCAGGAAAAUGAUACUUUUAACGUUACCUUAAUAAACCUAAGAAAGAACUCAACGUAUUUCGUAUAUAUUGAAGCAAUCAAUGCUAUCAAACCCUCAGAGAGAGGAGACGCUGCGUUCUUCCAAUUCAAAACAUCAGAGUUUAAUCGCCCAAGAACGACUACAACCUCAAUAGUAGAAACAACAAACUUCACGCGAGUAUCGAAUAGAGAAAUCACAAAAACAACUCCAGGAGCUGUACCAUCUAAUAAGUUUUCAACAGAUUUGCGUAAUAAAACUAGAAAGCCAUCAACGUUCGAUGCACCAACAAAUCCAAGUCCAGAAACUGUGUGGAUGACACCCGUGGUAUAUACAAGUAAUAAUGACGCUAGACACAUCGUAUUAUCAUCGUCCAUCGCUGUUCUCGUUGGCGUCGUCAUAUGCAAGCUAAUUCUUUUAUGAAGCCCGUGAAGUCAUGUCAAUACCUGUACCUUUGUACAUAAUUCAAAGAAUUCUAUACAAAGUUAUUUCAAUUACCUAUGAGAUACCAAUGACGUGUACAUUAUUGUGAAUAUUAUCGAGUUCGAAUUUGAUGCAAGUGUUUGAAUGUUUCAACUGAAAAUGCCAAGCAAUUAUGUUAUUUCAUAAUCACAGUGUUGUAAGCCAUCCCUCUUAAUAUUACUGAAAGCAAAACUUAUCUCCGUAAACAACUCUACUCAACAUCACAAUGACACCAAAAGGCUUUCAUCAAUUUUGUUUGGCAGUGGCAUUGUUUCAAAUAGUAUCCAUAGCAACAAUGACGAUCAUGUCAUAUUAUUAGUAUGUAAGAUUCCCAAGUGAAGUUGAUAAAUUCAAAACAGUGGAGACGAGAAUAUUGUUUAGCCCAGAAGAUAAAUCCAAUACACAACAAAGCAGCAAGAUUAUUGAUAACCCUGUUUAUUUCGUGAGGUUCUUAAUGCUAUUUUGGUUGUUUGUGAUGUUAACGGGUCGAAAACUAUGAGGCGCCAAGUGUAAAUUUAUUAUUUAACACAAUUAUUUAUAUAUAAUCCAUUAUUUAACAUAUACUUAAAUAGAUCGCUCAUUAUCUAUAUAUAAUACAUUUACGUCUAAAAGAUUAUAUGUAAAUAAUUGCGUUAACGUUUUCAUUAUGUAUAUAUAAUUAGUGUAUUUAUAUCAUUAUAUAUAAAUAAUGAAAAGGUAA